AGCGAACCUCACCCCCGCCGCAUUUUUCUUUGUGCACCGCCAUCACCGCAUUAUCACCAUCACCACUCUGCACCUGCAUCUCCGCCCACCAGCCUGACACCACAAUCGUUUUGCCGUGCCAACUGCACACCCCCACAUCAUGGCCUACCAAGGAGCUGGAGGCUACGGCGAAAUGCCCCCCAGCAAUCCCUACCACCAGCCGCCCCACCGCGACAGCGACGACGAGCAGGAGCGUUCGCUGCUCCACGGCAACCCACACGGUCCAUUUCAGGGUCCAUUCGACGAGCCCCAUAGCCGCGCUGGCACUCCCGGCGGCCACGACCACAAAGGCUACCAACUGGAAGAGUCCUACGCUGGUCAUGCCCCGCCAUACCACACCUAUCAAGACUACUCUGCUGCUACGCUCGACGAUCCCGCCUACGCUCCACCAGACCGCCCUGCGAGUCCCUACUCGAGAAGCGAGACCGGCAGCACAGAAGCAUGGAGACAGCGGCAGCAACCCGGUGGCCCAGCAGCUGCAGGCGGCCUGAAGCGAAACCAGACGCGUAAGGUCAAGCUUGUGCAGGGUGCUGUCUUGAGUGCCGACUAUCCCGUGCCCUCGGCCAUUCAAAAUGCUGUUCAGGCCAAGUAUCGGAACGAUCUGGAGAGCGGCAGCGAAGAAUUCACACAUCUGCGCUACACCGCAGCCACCUGCGAUCCCAACGACUUCACCCUGAAGAAUGGAUAUAAUCUCCGACCAGCCAUGUACAAUCGACACACGGAGCUGCUCAUUGCCAUUACCUACUACAACGAAGACAAGACCCUGACCUCGCGAACCCUGCAUGGUGUCAUGCAAAAUAUCCGCGACAUUGUCAACAUCAAAAAGUCGGAAUUUUGGAACAAGGGUGGCCCUGCAUGGCAGAAGAUCGUCGUCUGCCUGGUCUUCGACGGCAUUGACCCCUGCGACAAGGGUACACUUGACGUGCUUGCGACCAUCGGUAUCUACCAGGAUGGUAUCAUGAAGAAGGACAUUGAUGGCAAAGAGACCGUCGCACACAUCUUCGAGUAUACAACCCAGCUGUCAGUCACUGCAAACCAGCAGCUGAUUCGACCUCUGGAUGACGGUCCAUCAACUCUCCCGCCCGUGCAGAUGAUGUUCUGCUUGAAGCAGAAGAACAGCAAGAAGAUCAACUCUCACAGAUGGCUCUUCACCGCAUUCGGUCGCAUUCUCAACCCAGAAGUCUGCAUUCUUCUUGACGCCGGAACGAAGCCGGGUCACAAGGCUUUAUUGGCCCUCUGGGAGGCUUUCUACAACGACAAGGAUCUUGGUGGCGCUUGCGGCGAGAUCCAUGCACUGCUCGGAAAAGGUUGGCGAAACCUUCUGAACCCUUUGGUCGCAAUUCAAAACUUUGAGUACAAGAUCUCCAACAUCCUGGACAAGCCUCUGGAAUCGUCAUUCGGUUACGUCUCCGUGCUUCCAGGUGCCUUCUCGGCAUACCGCUUCCGAGCCAUCAUGGGCCGGCCACUGGAGCAGUACUUCCACGGUGACCACACUCUAUCGAAGCAGCUGGGUCCCAAAGGUAUUGAGGGCAUGAAUAUCUUCAAAAAGAACAUGUUCUUGGCCGAGGACCGUAUUCUGUGUUUCGAGCUGGUCGCCAAGGCCGGCAGCAAGUGGCAUCUCACCUACGUGAAAGCGUCCAAGGGUGAGACUGAUGUGCCUGAAGGCGCUCCAGAAUUCAUCGGACAGCGUAGACGUUGGCUGAACGGUUCCUUCGCUGCCACCCUCUAUUCUCUGAUGCACUUCGGCCGCAUGUAUCGUUCCGGUCACAACAUCCUGCGAAUGGUCUUCUUCCACGUGCAGCUGCUCUACAACAUUGCGACAGUCACUCUCUCUUGGUUCUCUUUGGCUUCCUAUUAUCUGACUACUGCCGUCAUUAUUGACCUUGUCGGUACUCCUGGCUCCUCAAACAACCAACGCGCUUUCCCCUUCGGCAACGAAGUCACCCCGAUCCUCAACACUUGCGUGAAAUACAUCUACCUGGCAUUCCUCCUCCUGCAAUUCAUCCUGGCUCUCGGCAAUCGACCGAAGGGUAGCAGAUGGUCGUACGUCGUAUCUUUCUCCGUCUACGCGCUCAUCCAGUUCUACAUCAUCGUGGACUCCUUCUAUCUGGUGAUUCACGCCUUCUCCGGCCCUACCCAGUUCGACACCGACAGCGCUGGCGACUUCAUCAAGUCCUUCGUCUCAGAUACGGGAGCUGGGAUCAUUAUUAUUGCGCUGGCGGCGACCUUUGGUCUGUACUUCGUGGCCUCCUUCCUCUACCUUGACCCAUGGCACAUGUUCACCUCUUUCGGUCAAUAUCUGCUCAUGAUGACAAGUUACAUCAACAUUCUCAUGGUCUACGCCUUCUCCAACUGGCACGAUGUGUCCUGGGGUACCAAGGGAAGUGACAAAGCCGAGGCACUGCCAUCGGCUGUCACGCAAAAGGGUGCCGACGGCAAAGCCACCGUCAUCGAAGAAGUCGACCUUCCCCAGGCAGAUAUUGACAGUCAAUUCGAGGUAACUGUCAAGCGUGCCCUCACACCCUUCGUCGCGCCGAAGGAAGAGACCAAGAAGACUCUCGAGGACUCGUACAAAUCUUUCCGCACUCGUCUGGUCACCUUCUGGAUCUUCUCGAAUGCCCUUCUUGCCGUCGCCAUCACAUCCGACAAUUUCGACAAGUUCGGCUUCUCGUCCGGAGCCACGACCAGAACCGCCAACUUCUUCCGCGCGCUGCUUUGGGCCACGGCUGUGCUGUCUUUGAUCCGUUUCCUUGGCUGCGUGUACUUUUUGUUUAAGAGCGGAUUGCUCUCGUGCUGCGCGAGACGGUAGAGCAGCUGGACUGAGACCGAGCAUGACACAAUUACAGCAUGAAUACAAGAUCUUUGCUUUUUUAAAAAAAUCCCACUACCCAGGGUUGGAUAGGUCGGCGUUUUGAGCGGGUUUAAUAACUGCCAUCACAGCGAGAUUGCUGGUCCGCUCUGGACGACUAAAACUUUAGCAUUUCGACAUGUAGCGUAUCGCAUUAGAUUAUGAAUGACACUUUUCUUAUUAUAU